AUGUCUCAUAGCGGUAUCACACUUCACCCACCAUCCUCCAAGGACCGAUCGCUCUGUGAAGGGACUUUUGACAGGCAAUGGUUUAUGGGUAAAUGGGGAGUGGCUUGGAGUACUUUAUCUAUGUGGAAGGGCAAGAAAGCUCAACCUCAUUCUACAUACAACUCUCUCGGAAGCGACGUCAUAAUGAGCUCCAAAGCGAUCAUGAGCCUUGCUGUACCAUUGUUAAUCCCCAAUAUAUAUCUAGAUGUAGCAAUCACCUACACGCCUAUCCCUGGAACAGACAACCAUACCAAAUUCGAAGAUCUGGUAGAAUAUAGAAAACAGUCUGCAUCGGACAACAGCAAACCAAGCUCAGUGAAAGGAGUAGAUACCCUCACACCUGGAUCAAACGCAGCUACAUUCGAUUGGAAAGGUUCUUCAUACCUCUUUUUCGUACAUUCUCACUGGGAAGUUUUAGGUUACGGAACAGAUCAAGUGAACGGACUGGAAUGGGCAGUUACGUUCUUCUCAAAAACCCUUUUCACCCCAGCAGGAAUCGAUAUCUACCUUCGAGCUUCACCUAAUACCGCCAACCCAAACUCGCAAGAUACAGCUAUUCGUGCGAAUCUCUUACAAGAGAUAGUCAAAGCUGUUAAAGGUGUACAAGAAGGUGGGGUAGGUGAAAUGGCACAAGAAGGAUUUGAAGUUCCUGGUAUUGUUUAG